UCUGCCCCUGGUCCUGAGCGAGACUUGAGUCGGAGAAAAGUGCUCCAACUUCGAUCUGGAAUCAGCGCCAGUCGAGCAGCAACAAUGAUCAUAUAAAGGUACAGUUCAACCAUAUGAGGAAACUCUGCUGUGAAAGCUGAAACCACAUUUGUCAACCCAACACCUCCAGCUGGCCUCGCUGCUACUGUCAGACCAGGUUGGAGGACAAUCAGCACCAACGGCUGCUGCAAAUGCUGGUGUGUUUUGUGUGGUGUGGGCUUUCUCACUUUGCAACAGACCCACACACUCACACAGUGGCUUGCAUGCCUGAUACUCCCCCCCCCACCACCCUGUCUUGCUCACGCUCCCUCUCUGACACAUACUACACACACUCACUCAGACGGGGAGCCAGUGUGUGUGAGCGGCGGAGCCUGGCGUUUGGAGAGAGCUGAAGAACAGAGCACAGUGGAAAAGUGAGGAGCAGAAGAGGGAGACUUGUACCAUGCCAAGGCAGAGAAAAGCGCCGAGAGGCUGCCUCUGUCUCUGGAGCCGGAGUCCUCUGUUAUUGCUUGGACUAUUUUCUCUCCAACAACACGCCAGCGGCAAUAUGUUGGACAGUAUGCUGCAAAAAGCAUCCAGUAAGGAGACAGCGGAGAGUGGGAAGAAGACUUUGGGCAGCACGGCCCCUGCUUUGUCUUCCCAAAGAUUCCUGUGGUGUCACUGUGAUUCACACUGCCCCGAUGAUUCAACCAAUAAUUCAUGCAGAACGGAUGGGUUCUGCUUUACCAUGGUGGAGGAGGAAGGAGGGGUACCAGUCGUAUCUGGAGGCUGCCUGGGGCUGGUCGGAUCUGACUUUCAGUGUAGGGACACAGUGUCCCCCCAUGAGAGAAGAUCGUUAGAGUGCUGCACAGAUGAAGACUUCUGUAACAAAAAGCUGCAUCCCACACUGCCACCACUCAAACCCCCUCUGUAUGUCGAUUGGAAGAUCCACCACAUGGCACUAUUGAUUUCAAUUACAGUGUGCAUCAUUAUACUGGCUGCCAUUAUUGUCUUCUGCUACUUCAGGUACAAGCGGCAAGAGUCUCGUCCUCGGUACAGCAUCGGUCUGGACCAAGAUGAAUCAUACAUUCCUCCAGGAGAGUCUCUGAAGGACCUGAUAGAGCAGUCACAGACCUCUGGCUCAGGCUCAGGUCUCCCUCUGUUGGUCCAGAGGACCAUAGCCAAGCAGAUUCAGAUGGUGAAGCAGAUUGGCAAAGGGAGAUACGGCGAGGUGUGGAUGGGCAGGUGGAGAGGGGAGAAGGUGGCUGUUAAAGUUUUCUUUACCACUGAGGAGGCCAGUUGGUUCAGAGAAACUGAAAUUUACCAGACCGUACUGAUGAGACAUGAGAACAUACUGGGUUUCAUAGCUGCAGAUAUCAAAGGAACUGGCUCCUGGACCCAGCUCUAUCUCAUCACAGACUACCAUGAAAAUGGGUCUUUGUAUGACUACCUGAAGUCCACCACCCUGGACAAUAAAGCCAUGCUGCGUCUGGCUUAUUCAUCUGUCUCGGGACUCUGUCACCUUCACACGGAGAUCUUUGGGACUCAGGGUAAACCCGCCAUUGCUCACAGAGACCUCAAGAGUAAGAACAUACUGGUGAAAAGAAAUGGGACCUGCUGCAUUGCUGAUCUGGGACUAGCGGUAAAGUUUAUUAGUGACACAAACGAGGUGGACAUCCCUCCCAACACUCGAGUGGGUACAAAGCGUUACAUGCCUCCAGAAGUGCUGGAUGAGACUUUGAACAGGAGCCAUUUUCAGUCCUACAUCAUGGCCGACAUGUACAGCUUUGGCCUCAUCCUCUGGGAGAUUGCUCGACGUUGUAUCUCAGGAGGAAUCCUAGAAGAGUACCAGUUACCGUAUCAUGAGUUAGUUCCCACAGACCCUUCAUAUGAAGACAUGAGGGAGGUGGUCUGCAUCAAGAAACUACGGCCAUCCUUUCCAAAUCGAUGGAGCAGUGAUGAGUGUUUGAGACAGAUGGGGAAGCUGAUGACAGAGUGCUGGGCCCACAACCCGGCCUGCCGACUCACAGCCCUGCGGGUCAAAAAGACCCUUGCCAGAAUGUCAGUAUCACAGGAUAUCAAGCUGUGAGACGCCACUGCCAGCUGUGCACAGAAUGGACACUGACAACCACAAUGGCUUUGUUCCAGCCAAUUGCAAAGCCCUCAUCUCUUGGAAAAGAGGAUGAGCAGCUCAGGAGAUUGCACAAUCAUAAACA